CUUGCGCGUGGCCGGGGCCUGAGGGCGCCGCCAUGGAGGGGCCCGGGGAGGCGGAGGGGCCUGGGGAGGCGGCGGGGCCGGUCCUCGUCUCCGUCCCGGUCCCCAUCUCCCCGGCGGACCCGGCCCUUCUCCCGGCCCCGGAGGAGCGGCAGCGGCUGCUGCAGGAGCUGAGCGACCUGGUGGACAGCUGCCAGCGGACGCUGCAGAAGGUGUCCGCCGCCUUGGGAUGGAGCCUCGACGAGGCGGACCCCGGGGACACCGAGGCGGAGGACGGAGAGGGGCUGGAGGAGGAGCAGGAAGACGACGACGACGACGAGGAUGAAGUGGUGGUUUGCCCUUAUGAUUCCAAUCACCAUAUGCCGAAAUCAUCUUUGGCGAAGCACAUGGUCUCCUGCAAGCUGAGGAAACUGGAUUAUUCCAAAGAAGAGGAGGCUGAAAUGUAUGAUUCUACCUUCUUCUAUGAGAAUGCAAAAAUACCUACAAUUAUUCUGGAUAAAAACCUACAGUCCCAGAUAAUUCAACAAGCUAGGAUUUCUACUGGAAAAGAUGCUGACAUUUACAAUCAAAUGGCUUGUUCUCCACUGCCUGUCGAAGUUCCUCAGAACCACAAGCGGUCCAUCUGCGAUCUAACCCAAUCUGAGCGCCUUGCCAUCUACGAUUAUGUCCUCCAAGAGACCAAGAAACAGAGGUCCAGGUCCCACAUUACUGAAAACGACAGUGAUCUUUUUGUAGAUUUGGCUGCUAAAGUCAACCAAGACGAUGGACAAAAGGGUCCCAAGUCCCACCUUGAAAUCCUGGCAGAAAUGAGAGAUUAUAAAAGGCGGCGUCAGUCCUAUAGAGCUAAAAAUGUUCAUAUAACAAAGAAGUCUUACACAGAGGUGAUUCGAGAUGUGAUCGGGGUACACAUGGAAGAACUAAGUAGUCACUGGCAGGAGGAACUGGAAAAAGAAGAGGUGGAUGAAGGAGGUGGUAUUUCUGGUUCAGUAAAGUCUUCAGGAAGAAAGGAAGAAAGGCGGUCAGCUUCAGUGGAUUCACGGCAAUCCUGUGGAAGCUAUAAAGAUGCAGAACGCACGCGACGGAGGAGAGAGCGCACUAGAAGUCCACAUAAACGGAAAAAAAGUAGAGACCGGGAGAGAGACAGGGACUCCAGAAGAAAAAGAGACAGGGAUGAAGACAGAUACCACAGCUAUAAAAGAAGGAAAUAGCCAAGCUAUGGUCAAGAUAGUGGUGCAAUAUUUACACCUGAACAUUUUAAGACACUUUAACCAGUAGUGACUGUGUCCCUGGCUUAUUGGGGGGACCAUGAUGUGCUGGAGUUUUAAUUGCAUUGUCAGUGGGAAGGGACCGUGUCAGCAUUAUACCAGAUGUUCACCUCAUUUUCCAGUAAACAUGAAUAUAAUUUGAACAUUGUGAGCAUAAUGAUAUACACCAUAUUUGUGCUCUCUUCAGCCUGUUAGCACCACCGACUUCAUGUUCCUGAAUUUCUUAGGGUUUUUAUUGGCAAAUUUGCAUCAUUGCCAGCUGUCACCUCACUAAAUAGAACAUAAAAUCACUUCUUCUAUUGAAAUUGAUAUUUUAGCUCUGCCCCUAGGGCAACAACCCCUCCUUACAGGAACUGGGGAUGUGUAGAACAAUUGUCCCUCUGCCUCCAACCAAAGCUGGGUCUUGUCAACAAACCCCUCACCCCAGCUUCCCAAGACCCAGACUCAUGGUUUUCCCCCACUAGUGGACCCCAAAGUUUCCACGUCUUCAUAUGUCCUGUUGCUACUCUUGACCCUUUCCCUUCCCAGUAAGCCUGCAGCUCCUCUGUCAUGUCUGCCUACGAAUUAAUAUCCAUCCCCCUCACCCCCAACCCAUCUGCUACCUGCCCAUAUCUCCAUGGCUCUUGAGUAAAUAACAUGCAUAUAACAUUAGUUUAGAAUAAAUAUGAAACUACCUCA